CACUCUAAAGGGAGGGUAUUCAUUGGGAUGCGUAACUAGUUAGUAGUAAAUUGUUGUAGUUUUUGCCAAUUGAAUUUACUGAUUGUUAGUAUUGAUUGUGUGUGUUGGAUAAAAAUCAUCGUAAUGAUAAAAGUGGAAACAAAUUUAAACUUCACAACUUGAUUCUCAUUAACCAAAACCUGGUCAUCAAAACUGCGACAAACUUUUAAUUAAAGAAAAGAAAAAUUUUUCCUAAUUAACUGAUUGUGUUCAUCUUUUUUGUUUUGCUAAUUACCUUACUUACUAAUUUUUAAUCAAGUAAAUCAAUAAAAAAAAGGACAUGGACUAUACAAUCAACUUUACCUGUGUCAACACAAUUUAUUGAUAAUCAAUCAACUAAUUGUAAUAAUAAUUAACCCAGUCAAUUGUGUGUGUAUGUUUAUUGUGUGAGUUUUGUGUUUAUAUGUUGAUUUGGUUUUGUUUUUAAAUUACUUAAUUGUUUCAAAUUAACAGCAACAACAAACCACUUGGACUAUUCAACUUGAUUAUAUUAAUCAACUUGGUUUGGCUUAAAUUGUUCCCAUCAAAUGUUAAUCAAUUACCUUAAACAUUAUCAUCAACAUCAUCAUUUGGAUUCCAAUAUUAUCAAUUUAAGUUAACUUUUGUUAUGAUGAAAUAUAUUAAUGUCAACGAUUGUCAUGGACUGAUGACGGCAAUGCAUAAAGAUAAUAAUGAUUAUAAUUUGACCAUAGGUCACUCUGGAGUAAAUCAGCUGGGUGGUGUUUAUGUUAAUGGACGACCUUUACCGGACACAACUCGUCAGAAAAUAGUUGAACUAGCCCAUCAAGGAGCUCGACCUUGUGACAUAUCGAGAGUCCUUCAAGUAUCUAAUGGAUGUGUGUCCAAAAUUUUAGGUCGCUAUUAUGAAACAGGUUCAAUCCGACCCAAGGCCAUAGGUGGUUCUAAACCUCGAGUGGCAACGCCCGAUGUGGUCGGUAAAAUAGCUCAAUUUAAACGUGAAUGUCCAUCGAUUUUUGCCUGGGAGAUUCGAGAUAGAUUAUUGAACGAGGGAAUAUGUACCAAUGAUAAUGUUCCAAGUGUAUCAUCUAUAAAUCGAGUCCUUCGUAAUCUAGCAUCACAGAAAGAGCUUCAUCAAGCUCAUAGCCAAGCAACAAAUGAAGUCUAUGAUAAACUACGAAUGCUUAAUGGUCAAGGUUGGCGUCCAACUCCCUGGUAUCCCAGUGCAGCAGCCGCUUUCAAUAGCAUAGGACCGCCAUGUGUACCUUCAGUUUCAACAGCAUCUUCAUCAGUACCACCCGAAAAUGGUUCAUCUCAAGAUAAAAAAGAUAAUUCCCUAUUUGAUUUAGAUGGACAUUCAAUUGACCCUGAAAGCGGUACUGACGAUUCCUCUCACCCGGAAGGAAGUGAAGACACCGAAGCCAGAUUACGUCUUAAACGGAAACUCCAAAGGAAUCGAACCUCAUUUACACCAGAGCAAAUCGAAGCCCUCGAAAAAGAAUUUGAGAAAACCCAUUAUCCUGAUAUAUUUUCACGAGAACGACUCGCAAGUAAAAUAGACUUACCGGAAGCUCGAAUACAGGUUUGGUUUUCAAAUAGACGAGCAAAGUACCGACGUGAACAAAAAUUAAGAGAUCAACGAAAAUCAAAUGAUCAAACAACAACCAUACACCCCACCCCGUCACCCGGUGUAUCCUCUGUAUCAGCGGCAGUGGCAGCAGUUAACGCCUCAUCCCGUUUACCCAUAAACACUGGAUUCCCAAGUAGCUUUUAUCCCUCAAUACCUCAUCCAAUGGUCUCAGAUACUUACAGUUCGAUAACAUCAAUGCCAAGCUAUUCUAUGGCAUCAAACAUGGCACAAAACUCAUGCCUUCAACAACAAGCAGCAGCAUCAACCUACUCUUGUAUGUUACCUCCACCUCCAGGAAGUGUCCGUUCCUAUGAUCCAUUGGGAAGUUUAGGAAGUUACUCAAGACCUUCACCUUGUGGUCCACAUCCACCGUCAGUUGUUACCUCAGGUCCAACAGGGUCAGUGGGAUCUCAUCCAACCUCAAACCUUCAAUCUCUUGACGGUGGACAAUUUACCUCAGUCAAUAAUGUAAACAAUUCAACUCCCCCAGGGUCAACGGGUAUUAUUCAAGCCGGACUUUCGGUACCUGUACAGGUUCCCGGUCAUUCAACAUCUGACCUUUCCAAUGUAACUAAUCAUAAUUCACCUUAUUGGCCAAGAGUUCAAUGUAACUGACCACUACUACUCUCCAUCUAACUAUAAUUAUUAACCAUUUUUUUUGCCCCUUCUUCCUGUUUCGAGACGAGAAAAUAAAACAAUUAAACCAACAAUUAACUCGCAUCAACAUUACAAUGAAAAAACAACAACAUCAUCAUCAUCAUCAUCACCGCCAUUAUCACCAAACAUGAUUAACAAUAAAGUAAAACAAUUAUUGAUAAUUAACUGUCAAACAAAAUCCAAAAACUUUUAUCAAACUUUAAUUUCAAUCUCUGUGUAUCUCCAAUUUUAAUGAUGAUCAACACCAACAUGAUAAUCAAUUAAUUCAUCAUUCAAAUUAAUUAUCAUUGAAAAAAAAAUCAACAAAGUUCAAGAUGAAACAAAACAACAAAUUUGAUAUAACAAUAAAAAAUUGCAAUUGAAACUUAA